AUGGCGGAGGAUAGACUGCUUCAAAAAUAUUUACAAAGUUCCGACAAGGACUUACGCUACAUGGCAUUGAGUGACUUGGGAAAUAAAAUCAGUAGUGAAAAGCGUUCAAACAUUGCGGAAACAUUUUCCAGUCAAAAUUUUAUAGUCACUCUAAUUCAAGCUUUGAAAGACCCUGCUCCUGAGGUACAACAAGAAGCUGCACAAUGUGUUUCAUCAGUGUCUAUAAAAAUUUCUGAUCAAACAUUGGAAUACUUAGUUGAUCAACUCUUAAUUGAGUACUCAAAAAGCUAUGAAAAGAAUUAUAUAGCUGCAUUGUGGAUGAUUCUGUCUCAAGCAGAUGCACAAUCCAGUUUGACCCUUUUGUAUCAUACAAAAAUAUAUCCCAGAAUCAUUGAUUUAUUAGAAACUCAGAAUACCGAUUCGGAGGAAUCUUUAAGCCUUUUAUCACUUGCAAAUGACUCAAUGGAACUUUACACUUCAUCGCUUUCAGCUUUGUCAACCAAUGUUGCAUCUGCUUCUUUCCAGAUAUUCCAAAACUACAGUAACAAUUCUGCGCGUGUCUCAAUAUCGAAGAAGUCUAUAAACUGUGUGUGCAUAUUAUCCAUUUAUGGGCCUGAACAAUGUUUAAAUACACUUCUUCAUAUUUUGAAGGAGCAAUUGAUGGAUAAACCAUCCAAAUCCAAUCUGCAUACAUCCGUUCUUUUACUUAACCAAUUGUUUAUUACAUCAGCAAACAGCUCUUCGGAACAUUCGAAUAAGUUUUCCGCAUCUGCGCCAGGUUAUCUUCCAGUUAUAUUAAAUUUAUUAAAGGAUGAUUAUGAUUCUUUCGACACUGUACAAUUACUGCUGAAUACUCUAUCGCUUUUGGUAAAAUCUCAAAAUUCUAUUGUUGAAAAUACAUGUAAAGAAUUGAUCAGUAUUUUGAAGGAAAAGAUUCAAUUUGACCCCAAUAUCGUUUCAGAUGUUUCAGAUGAGGAAGGUAUGGAAGAUUUUGACGACGAAGAAGAUUUUGGAAGUAUGUACGAAGAUGAAGAAGACAGUGCAUGGUUGAUUAGAAGGGAGGCAAUCUCAGUUGCCUCCUCGUUAGUAACUUUUCAUGUCGAACUGCUAAGUGUCUUAUGGGAGGAUUUCGGAGAAUUUAUUGUUAAAGCUCUGUCUGACAGAGAAGAAAAUGUUAAAGCUUCUGCAAUCGGAUUUCUCGAGUUAUUUUGCGAUCAAAUAUCUGUUUGGAAAUUAGAAAAUUCUAAGCCUAAGGGAAAAAGGAAAUUUUCAGAGCUUUCAUCGCUUUCGAACAGUACACCCGAUGAGAUUUUUGCAAAAUCACUUCCUUCUUUAUGUACUUAUUAUCAAAAGUUAUCAAAAAAAUCACCAUUGUCAGUCAAAAUUGGUUUGGUUAAUUUAGCAUCUCACAUUUUCCGGACGGUCCCAGAUAAGCUCGAUAACCAUUUUGUUGGAUUAAUGUCAAUUUUAGAUUCCUUUCAAAAUUAUAAAACAUUGGAAUUAAGAGUGAAGCUCGAUGUCGUGAACUUAAUUUCUGUGAUCGUUUCCUCGAAUGUAAAGCCUGAAUUUCUGGAAAAGCUUCAACCCUUAGUAACAUCUCUCCUGAUUUCGGCUUCUCAAGAUAAAUAUCUCGAACUAGUCUUCAAAGCUAUUCAAGCAGAAAUACUUCAAUGUGAAUACUACGCACGUGUUGCUCCUAACGUUCUUCGGGAUGAAAUAUUGCAAAUGGUGAACGCUAACAUAGAACUUCUUUCGUCAAGGAACCUGGAUCAACGUAUCAGGAUAUCAUUAAUCAAAUUUAUAACAAAAACAAUAAUUUAUUACCAAGGUCUCAUAUCCUCGGAGUUCUUGUACUCCCUGGUUUCACUUUUAGCAGACAAAAUUGAUGAGGAACCUACUCGCCUUCAAGCUGCGAGUGCUCUUACUGAAAUAUUUUCAAAGUCCAGAAGUCUCGAUCUGCUAAAAGAAAAUCAAAAAACAUUAUUACAAAAGAUCCUCGCCUCUUGCGUUCUAUACGCAAAGAAAGCUGAUUUGUCACUUGUUAUUAAUAGUUUACGUUUAUUGCGAGUUGUACUUUCAACUUUGCCUUACAUUCUCGCAGAAGAUAAGACGAAUGAAUUGACUGAAUUCUUAAUUCACUUGGAAUUAUUAGAACCUGAAGCUAUUAUCGCAAAAUACGAUUGCCUAUUGGAGAUACCCAUUGAAUAUUUGAAGAAUUAUCGUGGCACCAUAUUAUCGGGUUUCAUUUCAUUUUUAGAACAUAAAGAGAUUCCGGAAAAUUCAGAUUUCAUUGAAUCUUCUGUGAAACUGGCAUAUAAGAUUCUUGACAAGGAACCAGUUGCCGAAUUUAUUAACCAACUAGGCACAUUUGAAAAAUCAUUGCAAGAAUCUUUUGUCAUCGGUUUAAUAGCAAAUAGACUCACAGUAUUAUCUGCAAAUACUGGCAUUUCGCAAAGGGUAUUUGACGAUUUGCAGAGCCCUAAAUCAGAAAAACGUCGAAAGAUAUUCUGUAUCUGCUUUGUUGCUUCGAUGGUGUUUUCCGAAAACAAUCAGAAUAUAGGAAGCUACUUUGAAGCCUUAACGAAUCAACUAAAUUCACCUAAUGAAGAGAUAACCCAAGCUGCGGCAUUAGGAGUUGGAAAACUGGCUACGAAAGAUGAAUUUUUGGUUCAAACGUUAUGUACAUUAUAUGACUCGGAUACUUAUUCUCGGGACCUUUUGUUAACAUCUUUCAUAAAUGUUUUAAAAAUUCAAUUGAAAGCAGAGACUGCCGAAAACAUAUGGACUACUGUAUGUCGGUAUUUAGGAGAUGAAAACGUUGCUAAACUGCAUGUUUCAGAAUGUUUAGGAUUACUUUUACUACAAGAUUCUGUCAACCUAUACCCUAAACUUUUGGAGCUUUCAGAAAAAGACACAUCUGAGUCAAAAAUGCAAGCUUUAAGCAUUCUUCGGUUUAGCCUUUCUUAUCAACAUCGAAAAUGGCGUAGUGCAGAGAAAACAACCUUUUUGAGUGUUUAUAAACUAUUUAGUGAUUCGGAUGUUCAUGUUCGCGAAGAAGCCCUGCAGCUAUUACUGACCGCAAUCAGAAAUAAGCCUAAGUAUAUUGAAGAAAUAUUUACUGAUCUUAUAUCUGCUUUAUACUCUAAAUCAUCUGUGGACCCUAAUAAUAUACGAACUGUACAAAUGGGACCUUUUCAACAUAAAGUUGAUGAUUGUCUGCUACAAAGACAACUCGUUUUUGAAAUUGUGUACUCUUUACUCGAGUUUCCAGAGUCGAAAAACAAGAUAGAUAUAUUAAUGCAAAUUAUUUCGAUGGGACUUGAGGAUGAACAGUACAUUAAUUUGCUUUCUAUCUCCAUUUUAGAGAAAUUGAUCGAUGUCAGUUCGUUGGAAGUAUUUCAACGACUAAAUCUUGUACUAGAACCAUUGAAGAUUAUUCUGAAAAAACAAUCGACUGAGAAAUCGCUAAAGACGGAUUCGGAUAAUAUUCAUGAUUUGGUUCGUGCUGCGCUAAGAGUUGUGAUCUCUAUGAAAGCAAAAUACAACAGUCCGGAAGUUUUGGCUUUAGACAACGAGACUAGGAAAGGUCCGUAUGCUCUAGAGUACUUGAAUGUGGAAAAUGAAUUGAAAGGCCUAAAGAUCGUAUAA